AUGUUUUACAGCGCAGAUAUUCUCGGAGGCCCCAGACGCGGCCUGGGACUCGUAUGGUGAGUCCAUUCCUGUGCUCCUCGCUUUCCCUCCUCCAGCCCAUGUAAUCGCCGGCAUACCUUGCAUGCUCGCCCGUUCCUCCCUCAACGCAGGCUCGCGGCAACGCUCGGCGCCAAAAAUGCUAUUCGCAAACUCAACAAGCGCGAUAUCGCGACGUGCGAUAUAGGAAAGACUUGCGAAGCUGUCAUGAAUCCCAAAGAGCCAAUGGCGUUGCGACUGUCUUCACAGCUCUUGUACGGCGUCGUGCGCAUAUAUGUUCAGCAGGUGAGUUAUCGCCAGCGUGGCAUGUGCAUGCGCUGCGCUGCGAUGAGCACGAGCUCAUGCUGACUCAACAGGCUCUCUGCGUCAUCAGUCCGAAACAUGGAUGGCAGAGGUUCAGUUUACGCACGCUUCGCUGCGCAAAGCGUUCACAAUCUUUGCACCAGCCUCGGCAUCGGGAGCGCCGCCUGGCGUUCGCGGAGCAAUCGACAUGCCUUUGAAUCGUCGCAAUCACCAAGCUGGCAAAACGGCGCCAGGUGCAGCGGACGGCAUCACUUUACCUUCCAACGACGCAUUCUUUGCCGGAGAUUUCGAAUUCGAUUGGUUUUGGGACGAAGACGGUGCUGGAUUUGGAGACACUUCUACAGGUGUUGGAUCCGCGUUUGUACCUAGCGCAUCUUUCGAGACGCCCUCGCCACAGCGCAAGAGGUACACGGCGGAUGCGGAGGCCAUCACGUUGCGCAGCGCUCUGUUGAGCCAGCGGAAUGCAUCUGCCGAAGGUCACGCCGGCUCGGAACUGGGAAGAGAUGGCGGAAUGAUACACGACGCUGCAGUAUUUCAGGACGAUGGAGAUGAUGAACCGGCACACCUUGAUCUUGGACUCGAGGUGAUGGACUACAACUUUCCCGCUCCUCCGUCCGAAGGCGACGGUGCUCAACACCGCGCCAUGCGCAGCAGCAGCGUUCUUGGCGGGCCUGAAGCCGACUUUGGAGCGUUCGAUGACCUUGGCGAUAUGGGCGCGCCUGGCGAUUUCGAGUGCGUAACGCGUUGCGCCUGCAACACAUUGAUGGUUUGCUCAUCCUAACAGACCUCGCAGCGUCGAGUACUUGAACAAUCUGCCUGGGAUGCAGGAGGCAGAGGUAGAUAGAUGCUCUCAUGCAGCGAUGCUCGCAAAAUACGUGCUAAUGCGUCUGCCUUUGUCCCGCAUGGUCAGGCAUCUCGUCAGCUAAGCCCGUCGGCUUCUCUGCGCUCAGCUCUCAAGCGCAGCGCUACGCCUUCUCUCAUCGAUUCCGAAGAGGCUCGCGCGCUGGGUCUGCCCAUCCCACCGAGUCCCAAGAAGAAGCGCGUCACCUUCAAGGAGGACCGUCGACUUGAGCUUUCGGACGAUGAGAUGCGUCGCAACAGAUCUGACUAUCUCCUGAACAUGGAAAAAGCACGAGCCGAAGCUGAAGCGAAAAGGAACAAGAAAGACGCGGAGAUGCAAGCAGAGCGUCUCGUCUUUGGACCCAGCAAGGAUCGUGAGCAGAGAUGCAGUGGAAUGUUCUGCAGUCAAUUUGGAGCUGAUAUGUCCACUGUAUGCAUACAGUGGCGCACGGCUAUACCCUCUCAACCUUUUGGCGCAUGACUGUUGAUGAGCGCUUCGCUGAGCUCAGUGAGGUGAUCGACGAUCAAGUGGACUAACGGAUCACUUCACCAACACUGCGAGACCAAUCAUCCCCUUGUCAUCCCUUAGCGACGAUGCGUCAGGCGUUCCAGACGCCAAAGGCACCAACGCUGCCAAAUGUUUUCGGCGGACCAUUGCCCUUUGCUCAGGAGAAUGGCCAGUAUGACGAGGGAGUGGAUAUGUUCAACGAUGAUGCCGGCAUGCCACCUGACGAUGAUGGCGGUGAGUGACGUUCGAAAGUGCGCAGCAAUGAGCCUUGAGAGCUGAUGCGAGCUACCUUUCGCUAGGAGUCUGGGACGAUCUACCUGGUGGACCACCAUCAUCAAGCGUGAGUCGCGCGAGACUGCAACAGUGCGGCACGGUAGAAGCCAAGACCUGCUGCAUUCGCAACAUCGAGGAUGCAGGAGAUAGGACGUGCGGAAAGCGAAACGGCAACCGCCAAGCUGCCUUGGAACAUGGCAGCAGACAAUCUCCGAGCGGCAGCAGAGCAAUCCAGUGAGUGCGCCGUCAUGCAAGCUCCAGAGGCGACUGGUCUGAGAGCUUCUCCGCAGCCGUCCUUUCUGGAACUCGAAGUGUCGGAGACGGCACCUUGCGCUCAUUUGCGGAAGGAGAUAUCAGCGCUAUUCGGUGAGAAUCGACGGUGUAGUAAAUCGCCUGGUGCCCCGCUGAUCUUCUAGUCGGUGUUCGUUCUCGCACACUAGUGGAAGUCGCCGUGAUAGCUCUGUGAUCCCACCCAGUCCGCGACUCAUCAGAGAGGACAGCCGAUUAUUGGAAAGUCAGUCCGGCUAGGUCCGCACGUCCGAUCCAAUCUUUUCACCUUGUACCUCUUUUAUGCCAUUUUGUAGCUGGAUCACGCGCAGCUCAAGAGAGCCAGAGCCAGAUGGAGAGCCAACUGGUACGUCGCUACGGCUGGGCUGUUGCAUUGUCCGUGUCAACGCAGACUGAACGCGGGCGUGACAACGCAGGCCAUCGAUACGUUCAAGAGCGAGUCGAACAAUUUUUUGGUCUUUGCACACAAUACUGCUGCUGGACUUGGCGAUCAGCCCUUGUUCUUCUCUGAUCUUGCACCGGUCGCAGACACGACUGUACGUCCUAGAAUUCGAGUCGAGUCGAAAGGAGCGACGAGAUUUGCUGAUGCUGGUUUAUCAACGGCUUGUCAGCCUGGAGUGGCCGCCCAAGCCUUCUACCACCUGCUUGGUGAGCUUUAAACGCAUAAAUUGGUGUCCUUCCCAUAUCGUCGCGCCUGACUGCAUGAACGCCUGCCUGCCCGCUUCUGUGCAGCCCUAGCUACCAACGACAAGAUCUCGAUCGAGCAAAACGAGGCAUACGGCGAAAUUCACAUUGGCCUAGGAGACAUCUCGGGCAUCCCGCCAUUUGCCCCUAAUCUCUCUCGUUCUCAAAGUCUCAGCUCAUCCCGCUCUGUCUCACUCAGGCCAUGA